CGCGCGAAGAGGAGAGUGGAAUAUCGGUUUGCGAACCCCAACCGCACAUUCGUUGCAGUUGCACAUCUAUGGGCCCCACUUUGAAUGUAAAUAUCUUCCCAAUCCAACGCGCCCUAGUGGCAUGUGGCGACUCACUCUCAUCGCAUCUCAACAAGACCACUCGGAUCGCUGACGUGGCCAAAUUCUAAAUUUCCUUUUUGAAAUCCCGCCCGAGCCCGCGACUUCCACGGGAUUUCAAUUUUUUAGCUUUUCCAAUUCUUCAGUGUUUACUAAAAAGACCCUUGCUCUUAUUUUACCCUUUCCCAACCCUUCCCUUCUUAUCUCCCCACCUCUCUCUUUUGCUCUUUUCCUCUAAACCUCUUCUCUCCCAAAACAAAUCACGACUCUCCUGCCGCCGAUUCUCUCUUGUUCUCUCGCUCCCUCUUUCCUUCUCCCCCGCCUCUUUCUCAAAAUAACACUAGGUACAGCAGGUAAGCAAUGAGUCCUUCCGCCGGCGCCGGAAGACGUUUCCACUCUCGGUCUCCUCGUUUUCCUGCUCUCGUUGAGUCCUGAUUCCUUCUCCUUCUUUUCGCUUCUGCAGGAAUCGAAUCGUAAUGAAAGGAGUCAAAUCGAAGGCUGAUGGCAAGAGAACUGACGCCGCGUUGAAGCCGAAAGCGGCUGGAAGAUCGAAGAAGGCAGUUAAGGAUCCAAACAAGCCUAAGAGGCCUCCCAGUGCUUUCUUCGUCUUCAUGGAGGAAUUCAGGAAGGAGUUCAAGGAGAAGAAUCCUAACAACAAAUCUGUCGCUGCUGUCGGAAAAGCUGCCGGCGAGAGGUGGAAGGCUAUGACUGAGGCAGACAAGGCUCCUUACAAGGCUAAAGCCGACAAAAGGAAGGCUGAAUAUGAGAAGACCAUGGAUGCUUACAACAAGAAACAGGCUGGAGUUCAUGGUGAUGAUGACUCUGACAAGUCCAAAUCUGAAGUAAAUGAUAAUGAAGAUGACAGCGGAGAGGAGGAAGAUGAUGACGAGUAAGGUCGAGGUGUAGAGAACUUUGGAGGAUGAACUGGUAUACUGCCAGUGUGAAGUGGAAGUUGCUUCUUCGUCUUCUAACUUGGAGAGUUAGUCAUAAUGUGACGGGGGUAUGGAUUUCUAGUUUGAUGUUUAGAUUGUAGGUUUGUAGGAAACACAUCUGUAAGGGGCAAGUCUUCUCUCCCUUCUUCUAUCCCAGUGCUCACAAUGCUCCGUUCUUUUUACAUGUCCAGCCCCUUCUAUUUUGUCAAAUAUGUGAUGAUCUCUCUAUGAUUGUGAAGUGAAGUUAUUACCCCCCAGAUUGUGUGGUAGUGUGAUUGCUGCUUUCACUUGGUGUAGAUUUCGUGUCUGUCAAGAAUGUAUGUGUGCUUCUUGCAUGGCUGCCGAAUUGUAUUGGACCGUCUCGACUCAUUGAGUAGCAAGUUUGAAUGCUUUCCAUAUCAAUUUUGUUUUUAUCUUCCAUCAGUUGUGGAAUAUUUGCUUGUUGAAAAUCAUCCGAAUCCGGUGAGACGUUAGUCAGUUGUAGCGAGUCAACGAGGUUGUCCUUUGUUAUAAAAUAACUAAAUUAGGGGUCAAAUGAGUCCAGUUGAAUUGUGAUUUGGCAUGGCGCACGGGUUUUUUAUGAGAUGCUUGGCUAGUGUUAGACUAGUUUGAUUGGAGUUUCGACUCAUUAAUGAGUGUACCAACUUUAUUUGAGAAUGGCUAAUUAAUUAGCUCGUGAGAUUGGCUUCCAUUCAAUUAUCAUAUUAUUUGUUCGUAAUUUUUAAUUGUUAAUAUAAUGUUAAUUAAUAU